AGUGUGAGUGUCCCUACAUUUUAUAAUCUUCAAUCUCACUCUGUUUUCCCAUUACCCAUUUCCUAUGCAUGUGCAAUACCUCAUCAUUUCCUGCUGGCUCACUCUCCUCUCUAUCUUUCCCUAGAAAACACUCUGCAAUCUUGCAGAUCUGUUCAUGUUCAUGUUCCAAAACAUGAACUGAACACUCAUUCUCCUUAAUUUCCGUCCAUUCUUCCCAUCUCUCUGUGUCUGGUUUUUGCAGUAUGGAUCCUCUCACCCAUCUUGAAUACGCUCUGUUUCAACUUACCCCAACCAGAACAAGAUGUGAUCUUUUAAUCUUCUCUGGACACAACAAAGAGAAAUUAGCAUCUGGAUUGGUUGAACCUUUUGUGUCUCAUUUGAAGUUCUUUAAAGAUCAAAUUUCAAAAGGAGGGUAUUCAAUCACUCUUCGCCCUCCCACCACUAGCUCUUUCUGGUUCACCAAAUUGACAUUGCAGAGGCUUGUGCGCUUCAUAAACUCCCCUGAAGUUCUUGAGAGGUUUAUAAGAAUAGAAAGAGAGAUUUUACAGAUCGAGAAUUCUGUUCAUAGCAACGAUGGUGAAGAACAUGCAGGCGAAGGAGGAAGCUUAUCAUCUGAUGGAAGCACCAAGAAGUCUACUGAUCCCUCCAAGCUCAAAGCUGGAGAAGCCGGUGACGAUGUACAAGAAGAAAGUUCCAAGAUUCAACUUCAACGAUUAUUGGAGACACGAAAAGCAAUGCUUCGGAAAGAACAAGCAAUGGCUUAUGCACGUGCACUCGUUGCAGGAUUUGAAACCGAAAACAUGAAUGAUCUCAUUUUGUUUGCCGAUAGUUUUGGAGCCUCACGAUUAAGGGAAGCGUGCAUAGAAUUCAUAGAGUUAUGCAAGAAGAAGCAUAAUGAUGGUCUAUGGAUGGAUGAAUUAGCAGCAAUGGCAGCAUAUCCUCCUUCAGAAUUAGCUUACACUGGUACCUCUGGAAUCUUGAUUGCCACUGAAAGUAAUGCUUCAGCUCUAAUGAAUGAUCUCAACUCCGAGCAGAAUAAUCCAGAAGAUAACACAGAUCAGGCACCAUCUACUCCUGCAAAUGUCACGAUGCAGCAUCCAUGGCCAAACCAGAUUCCUCAAUAUAUGUACAAUUUUCAGGGCCCACAAGGCCCACGAUACCCAUAUCCAUACCCUGGUAUGCCUCCGUAUUAUCCCCCUCAUAUGAGUUGGCCCACAAAUGAUGAUUCCGGCCAUGGGCGCCACCACAGAUCAUCUUCUAAAAAGAAGUCAAAGCCUCGAUUAUCGGAAUCAUCUGAGGAAGAAGAAGAUGAUAGCAACGGAGACGGUGAUUCCGAUUCCGUAAGCGAUUCCGGUACUGUAUCGAAGCAUGAAAAGUCGACUAAAAAGAACAAGAAGAAGUCUUCGAAAACGGUAGUUAUUCGGAACAUUAAUUAUAUUACUUCCAACAGAAAGAAUUCCGAUGGCGGCAGUGAUAAUUCUGAUGAAGAUGAAGUCGAUGGUGUUCUUGAGUCUUUGGUGAAACAUCAUAGCAAAUCAUCUAAAUCGCAUGAAAAGAAGAAAAAAGGCGCGGAUUCGGAUACUGAAUCGGGAAAACGAAAUGAAAACUGGGAUGCGUUUCAAAAUCUGCUCUUGAAAGAUGAUGAUGUUCAAGAUGAACAUUUCACAAUCAAAAACGAUAUGGACAUGGGAUCCGAAAAUUAUGUGAAGAAUCAACCGAAAACCGGGAUUAACAACGAUUCGUUUGUGGUUCCUGAAAGAACCGGAGUCAACGAAUCAAGAAAAGUCAACCCUCAAGAUUUUGAAAACGGUGUUCGGAUGAGGGGGCGUGAUUCUUCGGAUGGCGAUAUGGUAAUUUCACAAAGAUACGGAGAAUCAACAGACGGAAAUACUGGUUUCCGGGAUCUUGGAUCUGAAUCUUCAAUGAUCAGAAACAAACGGGAAGAAGAUUGGUUUGUUGUCAAGAACUCCGAGGGUACAAUGGUAAAUUCGACAUUCAACGACGACUUUGGUUCAAUGAAAAAUGCUUUUUCAUUGGAAACAACCAAAAAGAUUGUACCGAUCGAUGAUUCUUUCAUGGUACAACCGCAAACGACGGCUCCAUACGAAUCACAAUGGCGGUCAACCGAUGUUAGCAUGGUGGAGGGGGUGGCUAAGCCCGAUGCAACCGACGGUCAGGUGAAGAGCGGGUUCUAUGAGCCGGAUGAGCUUUAUCUGAUGGUGUCACGUGAUUCCGGGGUCGAGCCACCUGUCAGGUCUUCGUGGACCCCGGAAUUGGACUAUGGGGCCGAGGUUCAGUUCACUAAGUCUGAACCAAAGCCGGCCCCAGUUGAGACUAAAGAUCAAGUUGAAGAGCCAACUCCGGUCAAACCCAAAACGAAAAAGGUGGUAAAGCCCAAACCUUUGUCAAGGUCUCUCCCGGGUGACAAGAGGUUACCCUUUGUGAGUCGACCGGUUGUUCAUAAGAGCAAAAGAGAACAGGAAGAUGAGAUUCGAAAGAAAAUGGAAGAGAUCGCAAUUGAACGACAAAAGAGAAUUGCUGAAAGAACUGCAGCAGCAGCUGGUUCUGGUUCUACUAAUAAAACUAAAACGGGAGCUACAAAAUCAAGUCAACCUAAGAAAACCAAUUCGAAGGUAGCAGGCAUGUGAAAAUGCUCGUAAAAAGUUUUAAGUAAAGGAGAUUUAUUGGCAUUAAGACGGUUUUAUCAUGGAGUUUUUAUUUUGUGUUAUCGUGUUUUCACUUAGUAGUGGUGAGUUGGUGUACUAUCGUUUAUAUAUGUGGAAGGGGAGUCUGUUAUAUACAGUGCUGAUAUGGUGAUACGAGUACUUUUCUGGUUUUCGGAAUAUUUUUUUUGUAUGUAUAAUGUAUAUUUAUAUUAAUUUGUAAUAAAUACAUAAAUUGGUGCUUGUGGCACAUUAUUAUUUA